CACCCCAAUUAAAGCGACCAGCAUGAGCAUGAGCUCGACAAAACUGCCCCCAAUGUACAAAUCUUUUGCUGCGAGUGCAAACUCUGACCCCGACAACAAUGCUGGCGAAAGUGGCGUCAAGGACCAACUCAGCAAACCAUCACUGGCCGAUUCUCCGACCAGUAAUUCCCCCGAAUUAUCAGUGAAAGAACCAUCAAAGAAAUUCGAGCAGGAGUAUUUAUCCAUAAUGUCACAUAAUGACCAAAAGUCAAAUCGAGGGUUCAGCGACAAAUAUUCUGUUCACGAUAAUUGGCAACCAAACUUUACACCAACAUAUCCCCCAAAUAAUAAGAAUAUUCCUGCUAGCUUCCGUAACAAUGGGCCAUGGAGCAACAGUAAUAAUAAGAAUAAUGAAAGGAUGGAAGAUCAGAGGAGACGAUUUGAGGACCAUUCCGAGGUUCCUUGGGACGCGGACACUAGAAAAUUAGGAUUUGACCAACGCCCGUGGGAAGGUAGUGUCCCUACGUCCGACCAUAAUAUGAAUGGAACUUACUAUUUCGGACCGUCAGGUUCAGGAACCCCAGAUUACAACAAGUGGGGAAUACCGCCAUCACUCCCUUCAGACCUUGCCCACAACGACCUUAUCAAUGGUGAGCGUGAGGUCAGCAAUCAUACUCCUCCAAAACACCAAAAAUCUCUCAUGGAACGGUAUCGCGAGUUCCAUCAGGGCGUCGGGAAAAAUAAGAUGCAAGGCAAAGAAGCUAAAGGGAAGCAUAGUCCCAAAGGAAAGACGCCUUCUAAUUCAAUUUUCGACUCCUUGAUUCCCAUGAAGUUUAAGAAAAAUAAUGAAAUUGGAUUAGACGAGUUUAUUCGACAAAAGUUCAAGCCAAAACCUUCCAAGAAACCAAGUUCAAAAAGCUUCGGAGCUGGUAACAAAGUUCCCACUAAAAAACCAGGCAAGCAUACUCCGAGCUCACCCUUAUUCGACUCUGCCAUCGAAAACCACAAAACUCUCUCUACCAAACAUUUCCGGAAACCUGACAAAGUUCCCGCAACGAUGCAACAGUUUCGAAAAACGAUGAUGGCUCAACACAAGUUUAAACAUCAGCCUGAAAACUUACAGAGAAAUACAUACGCUCACAACAUAUUUGGAAAUGGUCACAAGAAAUCGGCUAAACUAUCGGCAGCAUCGCUGGUUAAACCGGGCGACCGAGAGCAGAAGUCGCUCCUCUCAAAGAAGAAGGAACUCAUGGAACAAAUAAAGAAUCGUGGCAUCCAGAGUGGAAACGCUAAAAGGAUGAAGGCCUUUGGUGUUAAGGGUGCUGAAGACAAAGGUGUUAUCAGAAAUACGAGAACCCCCCUCAUUGAGAAGAGGAAUAACCUCGUGCAGAUUUAGAGAAAACUGAAUUUCUGUAGCGCAUUUUAUUUUUGAGAUUUAAGAACUUAACUUAUUUAUGGCAUUUGAUGCGAAAUCGAGAAAUAAAAUUUGUAAUUGAAC